AUGAAGAUCACAUCCGCCUUGGCAACGCUCUUCGCCCUCGCGGCCGCGACCCCGACGCCCACCGUCGACAACGUCGCCGACAAGGCCCACCUUGUGAAGCGUGCCUCUGUCUCCGACAAGGCGACAAUUGGCUAUGCCACCCUGAACGGGGGGACUUCUGGAGGAUCCGGCGGCACCGUCACCACUGUCUCGUCCCUCGCCGAGUUCACCGCGGCCGUGAACGAGAAGGACACCACGCCCAGGGUCGUUGUUGUCAAGGGCAUCAUCAAGGGCACUGCCAAUGUCCGUAUCGGCAGCAACAAAUCUGUCAUUGGUCUUCCUGGCGGAGGAUUUGAGGGCAUUGGCCUGCACGUUCGUCGGCAGUCAAACGUCAUCAUUCGCAACAUCAAGUCUUCCUUCGUCCUGGCUUCCACAGGUGACGGUGUCAAGAUCGAGCAAAGCACCAACGUGUGGAUCGACCACAGCGAGUUCAGCUCGGCCCUUGUCGCCGACAAGGACUACUACGACGGCCAGGUGGAUGCCUCCCACGGAGCCGACUACAUCACUAUCUCUUACACCUACUUCCAUGACCACUGGAAGACUUCCUUGAUUGGACACAGCGAGAACAACGGCGCCGUGGACAGCGGCCACCUCCGCAUCACCUACGCCAACAACUACUGGGCCAACUUCGGCUCUCGUGGCCCGUCCCUGCGGUUCGGCACCGGUCACAUCUACAACUCUUACUACCUCAACGGCAACUCUGCCAUCAACACCCGCCAGAACGCCCAGGUCCUCGUCCAGAGCACCGUCUUCAAGAACGUGACCGUACCCAUCACCUCCCAAGACUCCGACAUUGUCGGCUACGCCGUGUCCAUCGGAAACGACCUUGGCGGUGCUGCCAACCUCGCUCCCGUCGGCACGCUGAACGCCAACUCUCCCCCGUACUCUUACACGCUCCUCGGCUCUGCCAACGUCGCCGCUACUGUUCCUGGACAGGCUGGCCAGAAGCUUACCUUCUAA